CUUAUACGAGAGGAACAGGGAAAUAAGUCAUGGCAACAGUGGAAGAAAAGAAACGAGUUGGUGGCUCAAAGGUUUCAGCCAUUGCAAAUAUCUUUCAAUCAAAACCACAAUUGGAUAAUCUAAACCACAGAACAAAUAAUAUUCUGUCAGAUGGUUUUAAGGAACCGGCUGUGCCUUUAAAGGAAUCUCCAACACAAGUUACAGUUGUUAGAACUGAGAGUCAUGUAGCUCGCUUUAAUAAUGCACGUGCACUUUUUGAAAAGCUUGGAGAAGAAAAUAAACCAAAUAAACCGGUGGAUAGAAUUACAAAACCUAGUAACUUACAUGGUUUAAGAUCACGUUCUAGUUCUGCAAAUUCUGGAUCUGGUUGUACAUCUCCAGCUAGAUCACCACGUCCCAGAUCCCCAUCUCCACCAGGAACCAGAGACCACUUGAGCAAUUGGAGUGCAAGUGUUCCAGCUUUAAAUGCUGAAAGACAUUUUGAAAAUGGUCACAAUCAUGGUUUGGAUAAUAUACCGGAUAAACAUAAAUCACGAGCAGGAUUAGGAAAAUUUGACAAAAAUUAUGGCAAAGAAAAUCGCUUAGAUGAUAGGCCAGAAAAACCAGAAAAACCUGAAAGAAAAUUGAACUCGAAAGAGUUAAUUGAAAAGCAGAAAAAUUGGACUAGUCACUUUUCAAAAACAAGACCAAGCAGAUAUAAUUCAGAUCCAAAUAGAUCUUUGGUUCAAAGUUCUUUAAAUCAAAGUGCAAAUAAAGCGAAUGUUGAAACUGCUUCUUCAGGGCAUGUACAAAAUGCUGCAUGUACCGAUGGUGAAGCAAAAAGAUCAGCAGAUAUUUCUGCUAAUCCAGCUACCAGAUCUGCAAGCUUUUGCUCUGUUAGAUCAUCAGCCAUAUCUCCACCACCACCACCACCACCAACAAGAAAUUCUUCUACUUCAAAUGCGAAAAAGGAAAGGCCAGCUAGUAUUGCAGCAGUGUCUCCACCAGAUAUUCCUAGCAGUCCAGAAUAUGCUACUAUAAAUAAAUAUUUUGAUACUUCACCAACUAUACCUGAAUAUGCAGUUGUGCAAAAAAAUAUAAAUGUACAAAAUAAACAUUUUCAAAGAAAUCAAGAACAACGGGAAAUUUCAAAAAAUAUAACCACUCCUACACUGGAAAAAACACAAGAUGCAUUUAUACCAGAAUAUGCAGUAGUACAGAAAAAUACUACAGCAAAAGUACAUUCACGAAGUGCAGAUACAUCAAAAAAUACUUCGACGCAUCAUACAAAAAGUAUUAACAAUUCUGAAAGUGGUGGUUUACCUCUCAAAAAUAAUCUUACAAGUUCAAGUAUUGAUAUUUAUUCACAGACAAAAUCACAUGUUUCUCCUUAUGAAAGAAAUUCUGAUAUGUCUAGUCCAACACGAAGUAUGUCAAUAGAAAAUAUUAUUAGUUUGACAAUGGAAAGUAAGAUGAGAAAAGAUAGUGACUUGCUUGAUGCUCCUGAAUAUUUGAAUUACCCUUCAAAUGUUAUACGUUCACCACCUAAAACUUCUGAGUGGAGGAAUGAAUGGUUAGCUAAAAAUGACGAAAUUUUAAAGAAGGCUACAGACUUAAAAUGUGCUAGAGAAGACAUAGAAACCAAAAAUGAAGUUAUAAGACCUGAUCCACGACCAGACUGGGCUAGACCAUGUAUAAAUACAGUGAGGAAGAAAGAUAAUUUGACAGAAGAAAAGAAAGUAGAACCAUCAAAAUCUCCGGAUCCGGAAUUAAGACCACCUUCUGGAGGUACGGAUAGUGCAUCUUCUAGUAUGAGCUCCCCUAGCUCCCCUUCUAAGGAUAGUAAAGAAGAGAAGGCAGAUAAGGAAAUGUCAGAAAAAUUUCAAGCUGGUCGUAACAGUUAUGACUUACAACAUGAAGAACAAGAAAAACCUGCAGCGUAUAUGGAAUCUAUUGCUGAAAAGGACAGUUUCGAAAAAAGUUCAAAAUUCAAUGAACCAGAUACUACUACAGUUAUCCGACGAUCUCAUGUGCGUGUUGAUCUUCAAACUUCUGGUUUGGGGCAACGACCACCAUCCGUUGUUAGCUCGGAUCAAGAAUACCCACCUUUAGAACAUAAGGAUAUACCAAUACCGUCGCCAUAUGCAAAAAAAAUGCAACAAAUUCAAGAAACUACUACUCAAAACAGUGAAGUUAAGCCACAUGUAAAAACAAAUAUAGAAGAAAAUGCAUUGAUAAAAAUAGAUUCAACAAAAAGUUGCCAUAAUAAAAUAUCUCAAGAUAGUAAUCAAGAUCAUGUACGAAUAAAUUCAGUAAUUACAGAAGGAAAUCAAAAUAUAGUUUUAGAUAAUAAGUCGAAAUCAAAUAUUGUUAAUGAAAGACAUACAUUUCCUGAGUCUGUAUGUCAGAAAACAGUAUCUAAUGCCAAAAAUGAUCAAAUUAAGAUCUCUGUACGAGAAAAGCUUGCAAAAAAUAAAGAAGAAGUAUCUGGAAAACGAUCAAGUUUUGCAGAAGUAGAUAAUAAAGUAGACCAAACGGAAAAAGUCAUUUUAAAUACAAGUCAAUGCUCAGUAGUUUCAAGUGCUCAAAGUACAGAAAGUUUGUCAGAAAAAGUAAUUAACAAAGAAACGGAACCUGGUGAUGCCAUACAUCCAGAAAAUACAUCUAAAUUUAUGUCAAAACCUGAUAAUAAAAAGGAAUUUAUAACUUUGGCUGGAGAUGCAGUACCACCACCUAAACCUAGUACUCAAACAAUAAGCAAUAUCUUAAAUAGGAGCACAGAGGAAAUAGAUCAGCCACAAACAACAUGGGAACAAGAAAAACAAAAAGCUGAAUUAGCAAAAUUGAGACUACAGGAAAUUACCUCUACAGUUCAACAAAUUAACGUACCUCAAAAUAUAUCACCUACUAUUAUAACUCAGCAACAUGUAGAAAAGAAACAGUUAAAUGAACAUAUUGUAUCUGAAAGUAGUAUUCAUGAUGAUAGUGACUCCAGUGAUACUAAGACUAUUACAAAUUUGGAACAUAUACCAGCAGUGGAUGUAAAAAAUGCCAUAGAACAAAAUGAUGCUAAGAUUGCCACAGAGAAUCGUUCUAAAGCCAUUGCAAAUCAAACAAUUCCUGUUACACCAGAUACUAUGACAGCUGAUGAAGCAGAAAACCUACUAAGUUCUCGCAUCCUAGAGAAAAAGAUAAGACAAGGAUCAGCUUUAUUGUCGGAUGAAGAAGCUCAAGAAAUAGCAAGAUUAUUAUCACCUACUACACAUGCUGAAGUUGUAAGUGAAGAAAAUUCUAUUGAUAAAAAUAGAGAAAUGGACAAAGAGAGGGAAAGAAAUAGCACCACUAAUGAUUAUAGUUUGUCCCAUAGAUCACGUAGCGAUUUAACUAUAGACUCGUUGACGGAGAGUCAAGUGGGUUCUGUAACUGGUAGUGAAAGUGGUUUACUUGGAUCAGUUAAUAGUUUAAAUGAUACUUAUGAAAUUAACGAUGAUACCGAAACGGAACAUCAAGACGAGUAUGUUCCACCAACACCAGGCAAAGUUGUUCUCGUGGAAAAUGGUGUACAUUAUUUUGAAGAUGGUCAUUUUUGGAUGGAAAUUGCAGGAAUACCGGAAUCAGAUGAUGAGAAAGAUGAUUAUCCAACAAAUCUACCCAUUAAAAAAAUGAGUAAAGUUUCAUUUGAUACAAGACCUAUGAGAGUUUAUUCAACGCAUUCAGUAAAUGAGUACGAUCGGCGAAAUGAAGACGUAGAUCCUGUUGCUGCCAGUGCAGAAUAUGAACUCGAAAAACGAGUUGAAAAAAUGGAGGUUUUCCCAGUGGAACUUAUGAAAGGUCCAGAAGGUCUUGGUUUAAGCAUUAUUGGAAUGGGUGUCGGCGCGGAUGCAGGACUCGAAAAGUUAGGUAUAUUUGUCAAAACGAUCACGGAAAAAGGCGCAGCUGCACGAGAAGGCAGAAUACAAGUUAACGAUCAAAUCGUUGAAGUGGAUGGAAAAUCUUUAGUUGGAGUCACACAAGCAUAUGCAGCUAGUGUUCUUCGUAAUACUUCAGGUCUCGUGCGUUUUGUAAUUGGUAGAGAACGAGAUCCGAAUUCGGAAGUAGCUAUGUUAAUUCGACAAAGCCUUCAAGCCGAUAAAGAAAGGGAACAGCAAGCUAACUCUGCUAGAAAACUUAAUUUUUCGGAUGCCUCGCCUGAUAGUCAACGAGGUGUUGAAGACAUUUCUGUUGGAGGCAUGGGAGGAAUACCAGGUUCUCCAGCUAUGUCAUCGUGUUCAGAAGGGGAACCUCCUCAAAGUCCUAUAGAAAAUUAUUUAUCUUCUGGUCGGAGUAGGUCUCCUAUCAUCAGUUCAUCGAUGCCACAACAUACAUCUGCUACAACGCAAAGCGAUGUUGACAGUUUAAGACUGCUUUUACAAGAGAGUCAGUAUAAACUAGCAUUAGCAGAUGGAGAGGUGGAAAAACUCAAAGCUAAGCUUGUAGACUUAGAAAAUAGUGGAGCUGGAAGUGAAGAAUAUGCAGCAAAAUUACGAGAGUCUGGUUUACGACUUCACGAGUCCGAAAGAGCUUUGGGUACUGCUAGACAAGACUUAGUAGCAGCACGAGAAAUGCUUUCUCAAGCAACAACACAAAAUGCUGCUUUACAGCAAAAAUAUGCUCGUGCAAGGAGAGCAGCUCGUGAAUUGCGCACAGAUAUUGCUGCCAGGGACGAAUUUUACCAACAAUUACUGCAAGAGAAAGAUACAGAGUAUAAUGCUCUUGUUAAAAAUCUAAAAGAUAGGGUAAUCACAUUGGAGGUAGAAUUAACAGAAACACAAAGAAGGUUUGGAUUACCAGUAAGAUUGCCUUAUGAUGGAACUACGGCUAGAAUCGUUACGCCACAAUUAUCUCGUCGACAAUUACCUCCUCCUCCAUCAUCAACUAGUUGUCAACUUUCAGACACAGAAACAUCAGAUCUUAGUAGCCCAGACGAUGGUGACAAAACAGCGACGGUUGAAAGAAAACUACCACUCCCAUUGCCAGUCAAGGAAGAAUUAGAUCGAGCAGUACCUGCUCAUCGACUUCUUGACAAUUCUGCUGGAAAAAGUAAAGCUGAACUUGCCAGUAGAGGAGGACUUGCAAAUCGACAACUUCCUAAACGAUCUGGUGGCCUUAGUAACAGCAGUUCUGAUUACGGUUUGGACGAGUCAGGUGAUAAUACUGAUGAGGAUUCGUCUUCUAAAUUACUCUCUCAAGAUACAAGCAGCAGAUCGCCAAAUGAUUUAACAUCGAAACAAUCGAACUUGAGUUCCUAUUCCAGUAGUUCUUCGAUUAGUUCACUGAAAAGUAAACAUAUGGAACCUACGCAUCCGACAGCAAUCCGACAACAUAGUACUAUUAGUUCACAAGUUAGAGCUAUGACAGAACAAAGUUGGCCACAAUCUCAGAAAAAUUUAACUGGACCACCAGCAUCAUUUGCAGAACAACUAAAACAAGUUUUAGCAGAAAGAGAAAGACGACUUGGCGGAAACGAUAUGUCUUCCUCAAGAGAAAGUUCUGGGGACUUCAGUGAUUUAAACAAUCCAAAUUCGAGCGAUCCAACUUUGGUUACCCAUCAUUUAGUGGAAGAAAUACGGCAAGCUGUAAACGAGGCCAAUCAAAGAGUAAAAAAGGCCACUAUUCCUUCAUCAAAUUUAAUUGGUAGUAGUUCCACGCCUUGGCAUCAUCCAGGUAGUUCACCUUCUAGUCUGUCUUCUGGUGGAUCAGUGAGCCCACCUGCUGUUGAUCCUAGUCCAUCUAAAACAGAUACGAGUGAAGUUUGGUUGCCUCCUCAUCCAAGCGACUUUGGUUUAGGUGACAAGAAAUCCCACUUCUGGCAGAAUGCAUCAGUUAUGGAUUGGUCCAAAGAACAAGUUUGUCAGUGGUUAUCAGGAAUCGGUUUGGAACGUUAUGCAUCACACUUUUUGGAAACUGGAAUUAAUGGUGGAAACCUUUUACGGCUUGAAUCUCGUGACCUCAAAGCUUUUGGUAUUUGUGGUGAAGAGAAAUCCCACUUGAAACGCAAAUUAAAAGAACUUAGAGCACAGGCAGAUCGCGAACGCAAGGAAAGGAAAGAAAUAGAACGAAUGCGACGAAAAGCGGAAAAAGCUGCACGAAAAAAAUAG